GUCUGUCCGCGGGCCUCGUCGCUGCUGGGUCCGUGCGCCCCCGCCCCGUGUACGCCACUCCACGCGCGCGCGAUUUUGCUACACGCACUCGAGGUGUGCGCGUGUGUGUGGAUGUGUGAUUUAAUCAGUGAUGGUCUUGGCUCCCGUGACCAAAACGCUCGUGUUGGUCGCGUCUGAGUUGCAGCGGUCAUUGCAACGAUUGGGUGAUUUCGUUGGUGUGGUUUGCACGCGAAUCGGCGGAGUUUGAGGAGUAGAUGAGCGGAGUUCUAACGCUGUGCGCUGAAGAUGAAGUUCGCUCGCGGCAUCGCCACAUGGACAAUCCAGGACCCAGCGAGCCAGAGACUCACCUGGUACAAGCCUCCCCUCUCGGUGCUGGUCAUCAAGAAGGUCCGCGACGCACAGGUCAUUCCAGCCGUUCCUCCAGCUGGUCAAAUGGCUGACUAUAGAAAAGAGAAUGCUAGUGUUUGUAGAAGCUUCAGUCAUGGAAGAGUCGCUGGUCACCAACCACUCUGGCUUCCCGGUACUGAAGGACAAGCUCAUGAGUUUCCGAGAGGGGCAAGAUGAUCUCACAGACAAAAUUGAUUUCAUCAUUUGUUUAGGUGGUGAUGGCACUCUCCUCUAUGCCUCAUCACUCUUCCAGCAAAGUGUGCCACCAGUCAUGGCCUUCCACCUGGGGUCCCUGGGUUUUCUCACUCCCUUUAAGUUCGACAAUUUUCAGGAUCAGGUCACUAAUGUCCUUGAAGGCCACGCAGCCCUGACCUUGAGAUCGCGUCUGAGAUGCAUCAUUCUUCGCAAAGACCAAGAGACUGGCAAGGGUGGCUGUCCCCCCACAAACCUCUUGGUAUUGAAUGAAGUGGUCAUCGACCGUGGACCCUCACCAUAUCUCUCCAACAUUGACCUCUACCUUGAUGGCAAGAGAAUCACAUCAGUACAAGGAGAUGGCUUGAUUGUAUCAACUCCUACGGGUAGCACAGCCUAUGCCGUGGCUGCUGGAGCCUCCAUGAUCCACCCAUCGGUGCCAGCCAUCAUGGUGACCCCCAUCUGCCCUCACUCCCUCUCCUUCAGGCCCAUCGUUGUGCCAGCAGGCGUCGAGCUCAAGAUUGCAGUAUCUAGAGACAGCAGAAAUACAGCGUGGGUAUCCUUUGAUGGAAGAAAAAGACAAGAGCUUUUACACGGGGAUAGUCUCAGAGUCACCACCUCCAUAUAUCCUGUUCCCUCAAUCUGUGCAGAGGACCAGAUUGCUGACUGGUUUGCAUCUCUAGACGAGUGUCUUCGCUGGAAUGACCGCAAGCGCCAAAAGCACUUUGAUGAUCCAGAUGACCUUUCCCCCCCGGACCUCACUCCAGACCUAACCCAUUCCUCAAGCUCAGACACUCUGGACUCACUCAGUGAGAGAAAUGAAGGCUUUGAUAAUUAGGCUGGUCCAAUGUGGAAGGGAUCAUGACCAGAAGAUGCACAUAGCACUAGUGAAUACGAGAAAAGAGACUUUGUGGCAGUGCAUGAACUGCGUUUUUCUGACUGAUGUAGAGUACAUUCAUGUCAAGUGCUCAUUCCUCAAAGUGCUGUAUUAUUCUCAAAUUAGAAGAUAUAUAUAAAAAAAUGUUUGCACACUUUUUAACAUAUUUCAUCCAUGUGGUCUCAUAACUGUAUCAUCACAUAAACUGUUAUUUUGUCUUGACAUUCUUGUUGAUCCAUGAGGAUGGUUCUCAUUGGCUAAGGUUCUCAGCAGCAGUUGUUGUUUCACAGAAGAAAAGAAAACACAUUUUAUGAUGACAUUUCACUAGUGCCAGCAGUUACUGAGCCAGCUUUUUAGGUCUUAUGUUACCUGUCUUUUAUACUGUAUAUUUGUUUAAUAAUUUAUUUAUUAAAGUUAAAAACAAAUCAUCAAAAUCUUAAUAAGAUGAAUAUGUUGUCAACACAUAAAGACUAUUGAUACUUUUAUAUUUUAUUUUUCUAAGUCUGUUAUCGUGUAUUUUGACAGUGUAAACACAUGGAUUUACAUGAGAAUUUUUUCAGUGAAAGAAAACAUGUCAUGUAAUUUUUCAGUUUUUAAAGUGGCAUAUUGGGUUGACUUGCCAAAUGACUAAGACAAAAAUAACUUUUGUUAUACUUUGAUUUAGACUCAUGUCCUUUGUAGGAAAUAAAAUGAUUUAUCAGUUACAAGAAUGUUAAGUUUUCAGUAAAUGUAGUGUUGAAUUAUCAUCAGUACCGAGUCAAUUCAGGAGGUUUAUAGUGAAGAUUACAUACUGUAGAUUGCCUGUUGUAUCAGAACUUGUGUGAUUUGGUCUUUAUAUACUGAAUUCCAGACUCCUUUUAAGAUCACUUUACUGGGAAUCAUUUUUCCACUGUUUCUUUUUCUCUUUUUAACUCCUAAGGAGGCCAUGCAUCAAGUUGGUGCUGCAAACAUCAAUUGUGAGAUGUAGUAUAUACUUUAUAGUUUUGGAGUACAAUACUGAUAUGCCAAACUGUUGACUAGCAUGUCAUUCAUUCUUGGUCAUUACCCCUCUUAAUAGGUAGUCCUUGUAUGUGCAAAUUGAUAACUGGAAUGGACGAGUAUAUUCAAAUCUCGGAAGGUACUAGAUUUUGAUCAGGUAUAGGUAAUGAAUGCAUUGGGAUGCACAAGUUAAAACUGGUCCUUAGUUACAGCUGUCUAGAUGUCCAUUCUUGGGUUUUAAGGUAUUUAUGUAGAACAUAUAUUCAUAUAAAACAUGUAUGAGAUUCAGAGUAUUGUUGAGAUAAAAUGAACAGAAAUUAUACAGAUUUUCACAAAAGGUGGUUAUAUAUCCAUUAAAGUUUUGUGUUGCAACUUCACAAAAUUCAUUGAGGCUCACUAAUGUUAGAAGACUCCAGUAAACAGUAGAUCAUAUUUAUGUUCAAAUCUGUUCAAUUUAUGCAAUAUACAAUCCAUGGCAGCGUCCUUGUUUUGAUAGAACACAAGACACUCUCAUGAAUCCUUCCACAUAUAAGUGUUGCCUUGAGCAGAAACACAUAGGAGUUCUGUUUGAUAUAGUGAGUAAGUCAUCACCGUUCUCUCAAAGUGUAGCUCAGGUUUAAAAUUACCAUGUUUUGUCUGUUUCAUAUUAAGAAAGUAAUGAGCGUAGUAUUGUGGAACAAGUCACUAAGUGUAUGUAACAAUUUUGGAUAAUUUAACAGUAGUAUCAGGAAGUAUUUUCAUAAGGUUUCAUCAUCAUCAUCACCACAAAAAUUAGGCCUUCCUAAUGAUACAUGGGUAAUUAUCA